AUUAUACGUUAAAUGGAAGUGAUGUGAUGUGGAAGGCGUCACAAAAGUUACUUCUUAUAGAUGAAACAGCAAAAGCAAUACAUGGAAUAAAAUUUUGCUCAAAGUAAAGAAAGAAUAUUUAAAUAAUAAAAAAGGACAGUGCCAAAAGCUUCGAUGCAAUAAUGACGGAAAAAAAGAAUCUCUGUCCUCGUCUUCUGGAUUAUGUCGUUAUUGUGGGUUCUCGGCAUCCAUCCCGUAAUAAUAAUGUUGCCCAGACUCCUGAACUACUUCGAAGAUAUCCCGUAGAAGAUCACAAAGACUUUUCUCUUCCUCCGGAUGUUGUUUUCUUUUGCCAACCAGAGGGUUGUAUAAGUGUUAGUGCAAAGAAAACUGCUCUUCAAUCAUCCACCUCAUUCGUAUUUACGCUAACGGAAAAAGAUUCCGGCGUUGAACGUUAUGGAAUGUGUUUGAACUUUUAUAGACCAUAUGAACGCCGUGCUCCUGUAUCUGAUCACUACAAAUUUGAUCGACAUGCUCCUUCGUUGUCGGAUUGCAGUUCAUCGUUGAGUCUUCCGUCCCAGGAGGAGGAAAGACCUCGUUCUCCUAAAUCGCCACACACGCAGAGACGUAAAAAGACAGCAUCCAAAAUUCGAAAUAAUACUUUAACAUCUCUUUGCAUUAUAAGUCAUCAUCCAUUCUUUAAGACUUUUAGGCAAUGUUUAAACGUCUUCAGGGAAACUGUUAAAGCUUGCAACGAAAGAUCAGGGCCUAAAAGAGCCGGAGGUUCGAAAUGCAUCUACAGGGAUACUGUUUGGAGUGUUUUAACUGGUCAAUCUACAGAAAAUAUGCCCAGUUUAGUAAUGAGAGAGGUGCAAGAGAUAGAAAAAUGGAUAUUUAGGCUACUCAGCGCUCCUGUUCCGGUACCCGGAAAGACUCGCGUUGAGGUUGAAGUGCUUCCAUCCGAUAUUUAUUCACCGUUUCUUUUUGCUUUACCCGAACGAAAUCGUUUUUCAUUGGUUGAUUUCCCCCUUCAUCUACCUCUAGAAUUACUCGGGGUCGAUACAUGUUUGAAAGUAUUAACGUGCAUUAUGCUAGAACAUAAGGUUAUAUUACAAUCUCGGGACUAUAACGCUUUAACAAUGAGUGUAAUGGCUUUCGUAUCCAUGCUGUACCCAUUGGAAUACAUGUUUCCUAAGAUACCACUCCUACCAACGUGUAUGAGUUCGGCCGAACAGCUACUACUAGCACCUACACCUUUUAUAAUUGGUAUACCGGCAACUUUUCUGAAAUACAAAAAGAAUUUCCGUCUACCCGAUGAUGUUUGGUUAAUAGAUCUUGAUUCCAACUCGAUUACGAAACCAAAGAAUGCCGAAGAUUUACCUACAAUUCCAGAGCCGGAAGCCUCUACUUUAAAGAACCAUCUGAAACAGUUACAGACUAAAAGCGAUUACAACAAAAAUGCCUUGGCGAGUAUGAGCAUGAAUCCACAACCCAUAAAGAAUUUGGAUGCUUUGGCACAAAAUCCUGAUUUGUGGCAGGCUCGAAGAGAAAGUAUGACCACUACGUCGACGGGUUUUAAUCCGUUAAUUUACGGAAAUGACAUAGAUUCAGUCGAUGUAGCUACAAGAGUUGCUAUGGUACGAUUUUUCAAUUCGCAAAACAUACUUGGGAAUCUAUCGGAACAUACUAGAACGUUAAGAUUGUAUCCAAGACCCGUUGUUGCUUUCCAAAUGGCUAGCUUUUGUAAAUCGCGGCCGAUACAGAGUCAGUUUACUAGUAAGCUAGCUCGGACUCAGGCUGUAGAAUAUUUCGCUGAAUGGCUACUCAGGCCAUCGAAUGAUGCAUUUGCAAGGGUGCAAACUUGGACAGUUGAUCCUAAGCAGAUUGGUGAUAAACCUAAGUGGUAUAGUCAACAACUUCAACUCAUCGCCUUUCCCCUUUUCGAUGAGGAAACGUCAACGCUGGGUGCCGCUGUUAGAUCGUUGAGAGAACAGGCAACUUCUGAUGAUGUUCCUACAGACGAAAGUGGAAGUGAUAGCGAAGAGGGUGCUGCAUCAACAAGUUCUAGUUAUUCAUCUUUAUCCGAUUUUGUUAUAGACAUACAAAAUAGUGAAAUAAAUGGCGAAACUCCAGAAAUCUAUCACGAAAGCCAAGUUCUAACUGUAGAUGAAUCUAGAGUAUUUAGUCCGCCGUCAAAAUUACACGUUCCAGAAGCUCCUACGAGUGGACCUGACGAAGAUUCAGAUUCGACAGAUGGUUCCAGUAGCCCUACUUAUUCGACAAAUGUCCGACCGCAAUUUCCAUUGGCGGAUGUGCCACCACAUCCUGAUGAAAAGACAAAAACAUCUUCACAAAAGUGCGAAGGAGAAUAUUUCCGUUAUGAUUCGGGGAAUUUGGCGGCUAGGGGAAUGCAACAGUUGAAGUCUUCCGGAAAACCGGAAUCGCCAACGCCCCAAACUCCGACUUCAGGUUCUCCAGGGCGACCGCAACGUCCUCCACCGCCGAAUUUAAAAAGCAGGAGUUUAAGUCGUUCGGAUAGUCAAAAAAGUCAAAAAGGAGAAAAUAUACAAGAAAAACAAGCAACGUUGUCAUCACCAUCAACAAAAGCAAGAACCGAAUCUCAAAGUUCGGUUUUCUCAACUAUAAGCAAUCAAUUGGACGAUGUUACCGAAAGUGCUUCUUCCAAAUUAUCAGAAAUUUUUGGCAAUUCUAAGCCUGCACUAUCUACGAAAUCACCAAAGCCCUAUGCACCUUUAGGCAGUAAGAAAUCUCUAGAAAAGUCAUCUCUUUCUAAAGCUGUUGCUAAAAGAAUGGAACCACAAACUGUAAAGCAGGCAACGAUAGAGAAUAAAGCAGUUACAAACAAUGAAAGUCAACAAUUUUUAAAAGAUGUCGUUAGUGACGUCUUGGUUGGUCAAGGCGUUGGAUUCUUUAGAGCCUCUAAGGUUAAAAAACUAAUGGAGGACGAGAAUUAUAGAAAUCUUGUUCUUGGUCGUCUAAAGGCGUCUAACGAGAGGAAGCUAACAGACGAAGAUCGUUAUGUCGAGGACGUUUGCAUUUCCAAGAAAGUGUUUAAAGACAUGUUAACGCUAAUGAAAAUUAUCAUUGGGGGUCUGGAGCAUUCUUUUCAAAAUAAUAAUGGUUUAGGUGGAAUGUCAUCGGCUUUCGCUUUAUUAGAGAUUAUUCAUACUCACUAUUGGGAAAAGGAUAAUGGAUCAAAUAAAAGCGAAUCGAGCAACCCAUCUUUGACUAAUUCACCGUUUGGAAGUCGUGAAAGCCUUAGCUCAAUGGUGACAGACUCUUCACACGAUCCUGUUGGUACAGUAGGAAAUGCAAAUGUUACUACUGAUGAGCAGAGUAUGGUUGAACCAAAUGCAAAUAUUGUAGCGACAAAUAUAGUCAUAACUGAUACGGCUGGGUUGGAGAGGACUAGUGGAGAACAAGGAGACUAUUUGAGAGAGUUAGUUAAGAAUAAAGAGUUGAUGAGAGGAAAGAAGAGCGAUUUAGCAAAACUAUCUUCAAUGGACUCUGAAAUAUCUGACGCUAGUACUCUUGUUAGCACCAGCUCAGAUUUUACUGGUGAAGAUGGUAGAAGAAAUUUAAAAUUAGGUCAGCACAGUUCUUUUAGAAGCUACGUUUCGGAUACAGAAUUAGAGUCUACUGUUACUGGAAGUACGAGCAAAAGUAGGCGAUCUCUAACCCUUUUGAGUAAUGCUAAAACUCCUAUGAGCGGGGGAUAUCGUUACACGGAUGGAAAUUUACUGACUUUUAGCUUGCCUAGUCCAGAAAAUAAGCGCACAUAUUUAUUCGAACCGACGGUUGCCAGAGAAAGAUCAUGGCUAUGGGACAAAUUACAAUUUUGGGAAGAUUCCUUCCUCGAUGCAGUAGCCCAAGAACGAGAUAUUAUUGGUAUGGAUCAGGGAAUAGGUGAGAUGAUUGAAAGAUACGAGUCACUGAAAGACGUCGAGAGAAAACGAGUAGAACAUGACGAAGACAAACUGUUAACGACAAUGUUGUAUAAUAUGAUUGCUUUUAUGGUCAUGAUGCGAGUUAGUAAGAAUGAAAUAAAGAGAAAGGUGAGAAGGCUUCUUGGGAAAUGUCAUAUUGGUUUACAGUAUAGCGCACAAAUCAACAAGCUUUUGGACGAAAUUCAUAAACUGAAUGCCAAUGACAUUGAUCUUAAACCAGUUGGAAGUAGGAUGAUGUAUAAACUCUCGUUCAACGUUCAUAAAGGUCAGGAUAAUAGUGGAGAAAUGCUAUUUAUGGAAGUUUGCGAUGAUUGUGUAAUACUUCGUAGCGUUAAUGGCACAAUUAGAGACAGAUGGUGGUAUGAGAGAUUGGUCAAUAUGACAUGUUGUAGUCAAACUAAAGUUAUAUGCUUUUGGCGGGAAAAGAACGGCAAAUCCGAACCAACAACAUUCUAUACAAAAAAAUGUAAAGAAUUGUACGAGUGCAUUAAGGAUGCUAUGGAUAAAGCCAGACCCAAACCUUUCGACAUUAGUUCGAAAUCGCCUGGUGGUACGUUUCCUGUGCAAGACGUUAAAACUGGUCAGGGUGGUAUUCUAAAAGUUUGUAAAGAUGGAAUUAAUUUAUUACUACACAGUAGUAAGGAUUUAGUCUCGCAGAAAAUGUAUAUCGUUCUCUUACUUAAUUUAUAA